GAGGUUGAAACAAGGCAUAGGAGAGGUUCUGAAUCAAGUACAUCAUCAGUAGUUAGAAGGAUGGAAAAACAUAGUAUCCAAUCUCAAGAUUUGCCAAAAAUUAUAGAAGAAGAAAUAUCAGAUGUAGAUGAUAAUGAAGACAGUGAAGGUAAUUGUACAAUAGACCAAAGCAUUAUCUCUUUAGAAAAAGAAUCCUGUAAAAGAUCUAGUAAAGAUGCUCCUAAAAAUAAAUUAUCUAGUAAGAAAGUAAAGACUAAAGAUAGAAAUAUAUCUAUGUUAAAAAAACUUAUUGAGGAGCUAAAAUUGCCAAGCUCUUCAACAAGUAAACGAAUUGAAAGUGUGAAUCAAGAAAUUAUUAUAUGCUAUUUUGCUUUUGGAAAAAAGCUUAAGAAAAGGUUAGCCAAGUUUAUGAAAGCUAAUAAAGAGUAUAGAUCUCAGAGAAAACUUUAUGAAGAAGUUGAAAAACAGCUCCCAUCUAACUUCUCAAAAAAAUUAUUAAGAAGUGCAAAAGAUGAUGGAAAAGGAUAG